AUGACCAACGCGCACGAGAGGCUGGGCCCGCGACUUGACAUUCGCGCACAAGGAAAUGUCCAUGAGAAGCUAGGCCCUCAGGAAGGUCAGCCUAGAGGUGUCAUCACCACCGUUUGUAGAGUGGUGGAAUUGAUAUUUUGGAACAUUAGCGACUCUAGAGGAGCCAAAGCUAUAGGUCAUGUGAGGCAUGAUAGGGUUUUUUAUUUUUAG